AUGCUGGCUCUCCUCCAGGAGGUUGUCCCCAUCAUGGUCGCCAGCGGCCAGAACCUGCAGGCGAACGAGCUGAUGCGGCUCGUGUCCUGCUGCCGGGUGCUUCGAGCCACGCUGCAAAACCUCGAGCUCGACCUGAGUGCCCGCCCCUCGCCUGCGCCACGGCUGCUGCAAUUCAUCGCUCUGAACGCCGCGCGCUUUCAGCUCGUCUCCGUCGAUGUUGACCGGUGCACGCAGGAGGCUUUCGACGCCCUCCUCUUGGUGCCCGGCCUUCGAGCUCUCACCGUGCGCGGGCCGGCCUCGUCGAUCCGCUCCCUGGCCGGCGCGGAGAGGGCGCGCUCUCUCCAGACGCUGCGGCUGCUCAAGGGCGUGUCCGUCGCCCUGGCCGACGACUUGAGCCCGCUCGCGGCGUGCCGUCCGCUGACGCACCUGUGCCUGUACGGCCCUGCGCCCCUCACCUCGCUGGGCCCUCUCGCCUGCUGCGCGCGGCUCGAGAGCCUCGACCUGCGCGGGUGCGAGGCGCUGGUCGACGUCGAGCCGCUGGUGAGCGCGGGCCGGGCGGCGUGCCAUGGCCUCCGCAGCCUGUCGCUGCGGGGCUGCCGCUCGCUGCGUGUCGUCUCGCCGCUGCGCGCCCUUUUGGCACUCGAGUCGCUCGACCUGAGCUGCACGCUCGUCAGCGACGUCUCGAUGCUCUGCGAGCUCGUGGGCUGCCGCGCUCUCGACACCCUCUACCUCACGGGAUGCUCAAAGCUGAGCGCCGUCGGCUGCCUCGCCGAGUGCCACGCGCUGCGGCAGCUCCACCUCAACAAGUGUCGAGCCGUGGUGGACGUGGGCGCCCUCGGCGGCUGCCCGACUCUGCGCCUACUCAACCUGCGCUGCAGCGGCGCGCUCGUGGUGCCGGCGGGACGACCUGGAUUGUUGGUGUUGUUCGAUGUGCAUUGA